CGAUCGUGAUCUUGAUUCUUGAUACAGAGAGAGCAUUGGGGAUAGCCAUUGGUGCUGAAACUCACUGCUCAGCAAUGGCUCUACUUCCAGCAUUUCGCUCUCUGAUCAGUCACCUGCAAUUCAAUUCAAGGCCCUCCAAACUCUCCAUAGCCGCAGUCUUUCCAAACCUCUCAAUCCCAGCUUCCACAAAACUCUCUCUCCUCUUCUCUUCCUCCCCUAAACCCACCCACAUCUCCAAACCCACCAAAACCCAAGUAACCCCAAAUGGGAAAACCCUUGUACUUAACAAAGAUGAAAGGUUGGAGAAGAUAGUUUCUGAGAAUUCUGUCCCAGUUUUGAAUUCGAGCACAAUUGCUGCCAUUGUUACUUCAUUGGGUGGUCCUCCGGGGGCGGUUGGAAUUGUUCGAUUGUCGGGUCCGUCGGCGGUAGCUAUUGUGUCGAGGGUUUUUCAUCCUGUGGCGAGAAAGAAGAGGAAGGUUUCUGGGUGGAGGCCAAAGAGCCAUGUUGUGGAGUAUGGCAUGGUUUUGGACCCUAAUGGGAGCUUGAUUGACGAGGUUUUAGCAGUGCCUAUGUUGGCUCCAAGAUCUUAUACUCGAGAAGAUGUGGUUGAGCUUCAGUGUCAUGGGAGUGAAGUGUGUCUGCAUCGUGUGUUGAGAGCUUGUCUGGAGGCUGGAGCAAGGCUUGCAGAACCAGGCGAGUUCACUCUCCGUGCUUUUCUAAAUGGUCGUUUGGACCUCUCUCAAGCUGAAAAUGUUGGCAAACUUAUAUCAGCCAAGUCUGUGGCAGCUGCAGAUGCUGCAUUGGCAGGAAUUCAGGGUGGUUUCUCCUCUUUGAUCAAAUCACUAAGAACACAAUGCAUUGAAUUGCUUACUGAGAUUGAAGCUCGUUUGGAUUUUGACGAUGAGAUGCCACCCCUAGACUUGAACCUUAUUAUGGAUAAAGUACACGUAAUGUCAAAAGAUGUGGAGAAUGCUUUGGAAACUGCCAAUUACGACAAGCUUCUACAAUCUGGACUACAGAUAGCAAUUGUUGGUCGGCCAAAUGUAGGGAAAUCUAGCCUUCUUAAUGCAUGGAGCAAAAGUGAGAGAGCAAUAGUUACAGAGAUUGCUGGAACAACACGGGAUGUUGUAGAAGCCAGUAUUGCGGUACGAGGUAUCCCUGUCAAGCUUCUUGAUACAGCUGGUAUCAGGGAAACUGAUGACAUCGUGGAGAAAAUUGGCGUGGAGAGAUCUGAAGCAGUUGCUUUGAGUGCUGAUGUCAUUAUAAUGGCAGUAAGUGCUCUGGACGGGUGGACUUUGGAAGAUGCCAAACUUCUUGAUAAAAUUCAGCACAAUAAGAGUGCAUCUGGAUCUACGUCUCCCAUAAUCCUUGUCAUCAACAAAAUAGACUGUGUGCCAUCAGCUUGCUCCAAAUGGGUUAAUACCCAUGAUCACUCUAUCAACAAGCAUAUUUUUACUUGUGCUGUCACUGGUCAAGGAAUAUCAGAUCUGGAGGCGGCAAUUGUAGAGAUUGUGGGUCUGGACAGGAUUCCUGCAGGGGGACGCGGAUGGACUGUGAACCAGAGACAAUGUGAGCAGCUUCUUCGGACCAAGGAGGCUCUUGUAAGGUUGAAGUCUUCAAUAGAGGAGGAGUUGCCUCUUGACUUUUGGACAAUUGAUUUGAGAGAAGCUGCAUUGGCACUUGGGCAAAUAAGUGGAGAAGAUAUCUCUGAAGAAAUUUUGUCUAACAUCUUUGGCAAAUUUUGCAUUGGUAAAUAGUUUUUGAUCCAACUACUUUAACUCAUCUUGUAAAUCAAUUUUGUUUCUUUUGCAAUCCUUGAUUGUUCAUUCAAGCAAAUAUAACCUCCUCUUUAUUAGAAUACAUGGUCUUCCAUUCAUUUUAUUUAUUUAAGUUUAGGAGAAUUUUACAGUAUUGGGAAAAAAAUUGGUACCGUAUUGUCAUAUACAACUUUUUGGGGGUUA